AUGCUUGCACUAGAGUCGAUCCAGGUGGACGAAAACAGCAUGGACGCCUCGGGGACUUCUGAGCCCGGCGUCUUGAACACAACACUAGCCCCGGCGUCCGUGACGGGGCUCUGCUACCAGAAUAUUCUCCGCCCGCGACAGAGAUUGUGCUACCAAGUCAUCAUGCACUUCAAGCAUUUAUGGCACUUUCCUGGGCAGUCCUCCAUGUGUACCACCGUGCCACCUCCCCAUGAAGCAGGCGCCCACGGCACCUUCAACUUUGACUGGAUCGAUGGGACAGAAGCCAGUCACCAUAACGUCUACGAUUUUGGGGCCUGCCUACCCCUCCACGCCCUCCUCGCAUGGGCCUGGGAUUCUGCUCGCACGUCCCUUGUCAAGCUCAAAUACCACCUCAGCGAGGCACUCCACGUGCAGACUAAAACUUUGUACGCCCCCGAUGUCUGCACUCUGGUCGAUACUGCCUCACGUGGAAGUAUCCACUGA